AUGAUUGUUAAAGAUUUGCUUCAUCGUUUUGUGCAUCUCGAAAUGGUGAGCGCAUAUUUGAAGUCGAUUGAUGAGGCAUCGAAUUUGGAUGAAGUAUCACGGUGUAUUUAUGAUGCAAUCAACUCCGAUGAUUUAUACACAUUUGGUGAAUUGUUGAAUAACGCCAAGGUGAUCAGCUUGAAGAACUCACCCAAACACGCUAAAUUCUAUACGCUUCUACAACUUUUUGCUUAUGGCGUAUACAGUGAUGUGCCGGCACUAAAAAAUGAAAUACCCGAAUUGAACGAUGUAAUGGUGCAGAAGUUACGACAGUUAACCUUAAUAUCACUGUGUAAUCAGCACAAACGAUGCAUCUCAAUUAAAGAUGCAAUGCAAUCGUUGUAUUUG